CCCACUGAAGGAAACAUCACGACACCUCCGGCCGGCCCAACCUCGUCCAACUUCCACCAACACCCCAAUGCCUCCACGAACGCUCCUCCUGAGACCGCAAUGCGUGCAGAUAGUUCCCUUCAGGGCUCCGUGCCCAGCGACUGCUGCCUUCGUCUUCCGUUCAUACUCGUUGGCCCCGCCUAAGGUCCCCAAAGGCCCCAACCAGGACGUGCUCCCCCAUGUCUCCGAAGAGGCCGCCGCCACAGCCAAGAUCACCGGCGAAACCCCACCCGACCUCGAACAGGGCACUCCGAUCUCCGAGGUGAUCAAGCGCGACCCGCAAGCAAUGAAGCAUGCCCCCAGCGUGUUGAAGACGGACCCAACCGCCACCCCCGGGUCGAAGCGCGAGUACUCGACACUUAUGGGCGCUGGCGAUCGUGCCGAAGGACUCGGUCGUGCGACCGACAUCCCUCCCGUCCAGGUCGAUGCCGUGGAGAUCAAUCCCCGCCCCACCCUUCCCGAGGGAGCCAAAUACCCUCUGCCAGACCUACCACUUCCCGCCACCUCAAUCAUGCGCAAAAGAUACUCCCCGGUGGUCGAGCAGGUCACCAAUCUGAUCAUGCGCGACGGAAAAAAAGCAACCGCUCAUUCGGUAAUGACUGAAGUGCUUGCCAUCCUGCGCACCAAAUCCGCGCCGGUAGCGAAUGCCCGCACACCGAUCAUUCCCACCGCUCCGCCGCUCUCGUCCCUUCCCUCAGACCCUGUCGCGUAUCUACAGACCGCCAUCGACUCGGUUGCGCCGCUCCUGAGGAUCAAGAGUGUCAAGGGAUCUGGAGGUUUCCGUGAGAGUGUUCCCAGCCCUAUGUUCCUGCAGCAGAGGCGCAGGAAGGCUGUGAUGUGGAUCAUCGAGGCGGCCGACAAGAAGAAGGCUCGCAUGAGCUUGGCUGAGCGAUUAGCUGAGGAGAUUGUGGCAGUUGUCGAGGGCAGGAGCUCGGCGUGGGAUAAGAGACAGCAGGUUCACAAGACGGCGGUUGCAUCACGAGCAAACGUCAAGGUCAAGAUAUUGUAAAUUACUACACACAAAGGAACGCAAAGUUCAUGGGGGACUGCCUGUAAGCUAAUGAAGUACUUCUGCUUUCCAU